UCUCAUCUCUCAUCUGAAAUCCAGCGAAUCUCCCAAUUGCUGAGAUCGAGAAGCCGAAGCCGGAGCUGCAGUGGCCGUCUGUCCUUUCUCUUUCCACGGGCCUCCCCUUCUCAGCCCCUCUCUUCGACCGUCGAGGCGGCGACGGCCAUCGCUCUCAUCGACGGCACUUCUGAGUCAAUUACGGCUAUUAAGGAGCAAGAGAAGCAAAUUAACGAUUUUAGACAACAUUAGUGGGAUUAUAAGACCUUCAAGAUUGACGUUGUUAUUGGGUCCACCGAGCUCCGGCAAGACGACGCUACUAUUGGCUCUCGCCGGACGCCUUGGAACUGGUCUUCAGAUGUCAGGUAGCACAACAUACAAUGGCCAUGGCUUAAACGAGUUUGUGCCGCAGAGGACGUCGGCUUAUGUCAGUCAACAGGACUGGUUUGCGGUGGAGAUGACUGUAAGGGAGACUCUUGACUUUGCAGGGCGGUGUCAAGGUGUUGGAUUCAAAUAUGAUAUGCUAGUAGAACUAGCAAGAAGAGAAAAGAUUGCGGGGAUAAAACCCGAUGGUGAUCUUGAUAUAUUCAUGAAGUCAUUAGCUCUUGGAGAGAAAGAGACAAGCCUUGUGGUAGAGUACAUCAUGAAGAUUUUAGGGUUGGACAUAUGCGCUGAGACAGGAUAUUCUUUUGAGUUUUCUGAUGCAAGCUUUCUCUGUCUUAGACACAAUGGGAUGUUUCUAACUUUCUAUACUGACUAAUUAUUUAGUUAAUUAGUUCCUUU